AAGAUUAACACUGAAGAUUAAAAAAUUAAAAAAAGCACAUCUUGCAUACUAAAGGAGACAUGAAAGAAUUAUUGUCUUUUACAUUUUUUAUCCCUUUGUCUAUUCUUUUAUUAUUUUUUGAAAUUUUGAAGAUUUUUUAUUUUUUUAGUCAUAUUAUUCUUUCUACUCUUUCUUUUUUUAUUAUUUAUUAUUUUUUUUCAUCAUCCUUAUUUUCAUUUUAUUACCCAUAAUGAAAAACGG